CUUCUGCGAGCAACAUCGAGAUGCACUCAACUUGCACAUUCUACCGUUUGGAGUUUGUCCAGUAGCUUUCGUGGUUCUUCUCAUCUACUUUGGAGAUAUACUUCAGUCGCUUCGAUCUCUUCGUUGGCUGUUACCUGAUCCAGUUCAAGUCCGCAAGUGGUGUGACAACGCCCCUCACAACUUCCAGAGCACCCCUCUACUUCGGAACACCAAGAAUCUCACACAAACCGGUGAGCCCGACCGAGCCUUCCGCAUCGACCCACGCUUUCAACGGCACCCCCAACCCCAAACGAGAAAACAUGAUUUCCGGGCCAGUUCAACUCGCCGGUUUCGACACGGAGGAUGCUUUCACCUACACCACGGACGACUUCCCACUCCAGCCUCUGCAGCCUUCACCCAUCGCUCCGUCUCGUUCAGCGGCGCCCGCGGCCGAGGGCGAGCACAGACGCCAGUUUCAUCACCCCUACAAGCGGCCUCGUCAGACCGCGACCGCUACCGUCGCUGCUUCCCCCAACGUCAACGUCGCUGCUCCAGGCACGCAGCCGCUAACAAGCCUGCAGCGCAAGGCCCGCCGCCCACGUCAGCCCGUCAGUCAUCGGAAGCCGGCACAGGCUACGGAGGGCGAGACGGAGAUUGCGGCGAAGCGGUUGAAGAACUUGGAGGCGGUUAUCAGGGAGCAUCUGGGAACUGGCAAGUUCUUCUUAGUUGCUGCUGCGUUGAGACAGAUUGAUGAGGAGAAGCUUUAUGGGCCCGUUUUCAAAACCAUUUACACAUACGCAAAAGAAAACUUCUCAUUCAGCCGUCGCACCACCAACACCUAUCUGUGCUCUGCGAGUGUCUACGAAUCGUUGGUCGAGGAUCCGAACCUGCCCGUGCCGGUGAACAUCUCCCACAUUCGGUCUUUGCACAAGUUCCCGGCCGAUGUGAGGCGGUUCAUCUGGAAACGGGUGUGCGAAUCGGGGCAUACUAUUACCGAGGAGCACGUUGUUGCCAUGACUGUCAAAUAUGAAACCGGAAUCUCGUUCUCGGACCUCAACAAUGAACUGUACACCCCAAAAGACAUUAUAACGGCAGCCAAGCAAGUGAUCAACAAGGUGGUCUUCGACCUGGACCCCGCGUCCUGCGAGUUCGCCAAUGACAAGAUCCACGAGCACAAGAUCGCUCGGCAGUUCUUUGACGAAAACGCCGACGGCCUCCUCCAACCAUGGACCGGCGAUGUCUGGUUGUCGCCGCCCGUCGGGCACGACACCGACGGGACCAGUCAGCAAAGUCGCUGGUUCUGCGCGGCGGAGCAGAAGUAUCGCUUGGGAGAGAUUUCGUCGGCGAUGGUGCUGCUGAAGGUGGAUUUUGGGACCGCGUGGUUUCAGAAGGUGCUGCAGUACCCGCACUGCUUCUUUUUCAACAAGCUUUGCUUCUCAACACCUACUGGACGGGAGAAGUGUGUACAGGAUGAAAGCCACGUACUUGUCUACCUGGGACCAAAUGCCGACCUCUUUUGCACUCAAUUCCUCGACUUCGGCAACAUUCCCGGAUGGAAUUCUUGGCCAUUUAAAGGCAAAGACACCAAAGACAACAUCUUGCGCGAUCUGCUCGUCGAUGAGCCAGCCACCGAAGCUCCAAGUGCCCCAUGUACACCAGAAAUCCCCACAGCCUCCUUCCUCGGUUCACAAACAUCGGCAUCGCCCGUCGACGAGCUCACACGGCUGAUGAACGUGGGACCCGAAGGCGUAUGCGAGUCUUCCGAAAGCGAUUCCGACCAGCAAUUCAACGGCUUCCUCCAGAACUUUGUAAACAACCAGUUUGCCAUGACAGGCGCCGACGGUCACCUCGCUGUGCACGACCACCAUUCCAUGGCACAUGAAGUCACGGGGGUCACCACGCAGCAAUCUGCCGCUAAUGCGGCUGCUUUCGCGGGUCUGCAAAUGGGCUUGGGGUUUGGAGACCCACAAACAAACAAAUACCAUAAUAUGUCAUACGAGCUGGAUAUGGGGAUGGGUCUGAUAUCAAGCCGCCACGCAGGCGAUCUCGUCUAUCCAUCGACUACGCACCACGACGAUCAGCACUCGACACAUGCCCAUCCGGACGAGCUUCUGUUCAGUGUGCCCCACGACUUUCACAAUGCGACCAACAGCAACCGUCAUUCAGAUGAUCUUGUUUUCGCAAACCACAAUACGGAUGCAUCACAUGCGGCGCUGGCUAACGCUUUCGCAAGCAGCCUUGUGGCAACACUUUGACGAUAGAGGACACUCAAUUUUGGACGGAACGGGAGGGACAAUCGUGAUGAAAGCUCCCUGGGGUGGACUACGAGCGUACAUUUGUAGAUGGGGGAUACCUUUACGUAGAACAUAAUCAUGAACCGCAACCAGUUUUGGAGAAACUCGGACGAGGGUUUCAACUUUAAUUGUCCUACAUUGUAUAUUACUUGACUUCGCAUGAAAACACAAGAAACCUCACCGAAAUCCGUGCUUGCCAAACAUAUGUGCUUUUCCUGCUUCCUUUGUGUGUGGAUCGUUUUCCCUUCCUCAAGAGAUGU